AGGGAGCGAGAGCCGCGGCCGGAGCCCAUCAGGGCCGCGCUGAAGAGCGGGCGAGCGAGCGAGCGAGCGAACGAAGGGCUGCCCAAAGAACCAACCCAACCCAGGCAGCCGGCCCGGGUCUCCUGCCAACUUUGCGCCCGGGAGAAGCGCCUCGCCGUCCAAGGGGGGAGCCCAGGCUUCCCUCCUCCUCCCCCCACCCACCCACCCAAACCGAGGUCCCUCUACCCCCCUUCCCCGGCUUCCAGGCUCCCUCCGGCGACCCCUUCCACCAUGAAGGCGGCGGGCGACCCGAAGCCCACCUUGACCAUCAUCAAAGCCGAGAAGGUGGAGGUGGAUCUCUUUCCAUCCCCCGAUAUGGAAUGUGCCGAUGUGCCUUUGUUAACUCCAAGCAGCAAAGAAAUGAUGUCUCAGGCAUUAAAAGCCACAUUCAGUGGUUUCACAAAAGAGCAGCAACGACUGGGAAUACCCAAAGAUCCUCACCAAUGGACAGAAACUCAUGUACGGGACUGGAUUAUGUGGGCUAUGAAUGAGUUCAGUCUGAAGGAUGUGGACUUCCAGAAGUUCUGCAUGAAUGGAGCUGCCCUGUGUGCUCUAGGAAAGGACUGCUUCCUUGAAUUAGCGCCAGACUUCGUAGGGGACAUUCUUUGGGAGCAUCUGGAGAUGUUGCAGAAAGAAGAGAUCAAGCCAUAUCCAGCAAAUGGAAUAAAUACUGCCUAUCCAGAAUCUCGCUAUACAUCCGACUACUUCAUUAGUUAUGGCAUUGAGCAUGCUCAGUGUGUGCCUCCAUCAGAGUUUUCUGAGCCCAGCUUCAUCACAGAGUCCUACCAGACUCUCCAUCCAAUCAGCUCUGAGGAGCUCCUCUCUCUCAAAUAUGAGAAUGAGUACCCAUCAGUCCUUCUUCGCGACCCAGUGCAGAUGGACUCCUUGCAGACAGACUACUUCACAAUCAAACAGGAAGUCGUAACACCGGAUAACAUGUGCAUGGGGCGUGCCAGCCGAGGUAAACUUGGGGGCCAAGAUUCUUUUGAGAGUAUAGAGAGUUAUGACAGUUGUGACCGUCUGGCGCAGUCUUGGAGCAGCCAGUCAUCCUUCCAGAGUCUCCAGCGCGUCCCUUCUUAUGAUAGCUUUGAUUCGGAGGACUAUCCUGUCCCUCUGCCCAACCACAAGCCCAAAGGCACUUUCAAGGACUAUGUUCGAGACCGAACUGACAUGAACAAGGACAAACCUGUCAUCCCUGCUGCUGCCCUGGCCGGUUACACAGGUAGUGGACCUAUUCAGUUAUGGCAAUUCUUGCUGGAACUUCUGACAGACAAAUCCUGCCAGUCAUUCAUUAGCUGGACAGGUGAUGGCUGGGAAUUUAAACUUUCUGAUCCUGAUGAGGUGGCAAGGAGAUGGGGCAAGAGGAAAAACAAGCCAAAAAUGAACUAUGAGAAGCUGAGCCGCGGAUUGCGUUACUACUAUGACAAGAACAUCAUCCACAAGACUGCAGGAAAACGCUACGUGUAUCGUUUCGUAUGCGAUCUGCAAAGUUUGUUGGGUUACACUCCAGAAGAGCUCCAUGCCAUGUUGGAUGUGAAGCCAGAUGCUGAUGAGUGAAUGGAUCCAUUUUUACCAAAAUCGAACAAUCUGCAGAACAUAAGGACUUUUAUUUCUUUCUUAACCCCCCAACCAUUAUUUUCCUUAAGAAAAAGAAAAAAGAAAAGAAAGAAAAAAAGCGUAAUUUUUCAUUGGCUGUACUUAAGAAGGGCUAGGAUUUUUUUAAGCUUUUGAAUGAAACUGUGACAUAGGUUGGCUGGGAGGAGGAAGAACCAAGUUUCCAAGUCACAUCUUCUUGGAGUUGUAUUUGCAGCUGGGAUUUUAGAAGUCAGGAAAUGUGACGUUUUGUUACAUCUACUUAAUGAAUUCAUAUUAUGCCCCUUUCUUCCCGGUUUUAAAAACUGACGAUCGGUGUGUUUGUAAGACAAUGCUGUCUUUAACUGAUGGAGAGCAGUCUUAAGUGGCAAACCGUCCUGUUUUAGAAGGAAAAUAUAUCUGAAUAAUCAAGUACUGUGAUCUCAGAUAAUUUUUUGCAUUUCAUAAGACAGGUCUCUGUUCUUCUGUUUGUCAGGGUGGGUGGGGGGGGGGGGAAACAAAAAACCCCACCUUUUUUUUUUUUUGUGUUUAAAGAAAAUGUUUAAAAGAAUUUGUAUUUUAUUAAAUUUUGUGCCAGUAUUUUUUAAAAUAGUCUUAAGCUCUAAAAUGGUUUCAGUAUUGCAAAAAAAAAAAAAAAAGAUCAUGUGUUUGUUUGUUUUGCCAGCUGCGGAUUUUUAUCGCCAUUGAGAGAAAACGAAAUACGUCUACAUAGAACUUCACUAGAAAUGAGCAGAUGGAAUAGACCAGUGGGAAACCAAGAUACAAGUGUAGGCUAAGAAUGGGGAACUCUAGAUUAAUGGAUGUUUUGCUUGAAUGCUAGACUUCCUGCACUUUAUUCUCUUAUGUCAAUACAUCUGUGCCUCUGCUUGUGCAUUUUCAAUUGUGUCAGUUUCAUACUGAGAUUUUAUUUAGAUUUUUGUCUGCAUGUUAUGAGUACAUGCUUAUCUAGGAUACUUUAGAGAACAGUCUUAUCUCACUGAUCAGAUAGCAUCUUUUCAGACUAACAGAUUUUAUUCGAAGGUUUAUGCUUUUCGUUGUGUCCAUCUAUUCUAGAAGGAUGCUACCCACUCUGUCUGAUUUUUGCCUACCAUAAACUAACAUUGCUCUCUUUCUUCAACUAUUCCAUUGUUUGAAAAGUAGGGUGGUUGAUUCUCUUGUGGGGACAAUUCAAGUGUCCAUCUGUUACGGCUUGUUUCUGCUUCUUUUCACAGGUUAUCAGUUGCUAUGAAUGUUUCAUUAGUGCCUUGCAAUAGGACCAAAUCACUGAAUUGGUUUUCGGAUUGAGCUGGAAAACCCCAUUCAGCUUGAUGUUCUGAAUCAAGCUGAAUCACUGAAUUGGAUCAGAUUUAGCAUUAGAAUCAGAUUGGAGUCAAUCAUAUUCUGUAACAAUCUGCAACGGAGUAUUUUAUAAGAAAAGAUUCAGUAAUCUCUGGGUAGUCAGAAGCUCUUUUGAGAUAAUACAAGCACAUCAAAAUAUAUGGGCUUCUCAUCAAUAUGUCUACACUCUUAAGGAUGAGCAUUAAGAGUAGGCAUGGAAGAAGUUAGGGGGUCUUAUCUAAUUUGGCAGAUACUUUUGUUUUCAUCGAAUGGAUUUAAAAUAAAUCGGGGCCACCGAGCAAGUUAUAAUAUAGAUGCUAAUUUUCUUCAUGCUAUGUUGUCCAAAAAUAAACACGCUUGGUGUUUUGACUCUACAGUUCCAUCAUCCUGAUUUGGAUACAAGGAAAGAAUGCCAAAGCUGAUUGUUAUCCCCUCAAAUACCUGAGUCCUAAAUAUCUACUAUCUCAAAAAAGAAAAACAACCCAUAUUUUAAAACACAUCUUUAAAAUAUUUGAAAAGACACGAUUAAUAGAUGACCUUUUCCUGCUAGCUUUUGCUGUUUGUUUGUUUCAAAAUAUCUUUCAAGAGGAGGGCAGGUUGAAGUUCAAUGGAUUAAUCUUUUUUUUCUUUCUUCACUGUGUAUUAGAAUAUAUUUUAUGGUGGAAGGGGUGUAGAAUAUUAAGAUAUUCUAUGAAUUUGUAUACCCUCUUUCUGCCCUGCCUUGAAUCAUCUGCUGAUUAAAAAAAUAUAACUCUAUUUGUAAAGCAAUUGAACAGACUUUACGAAGACUGAAAUCAAGGGGAAAGAACCUUAUUUUUCCAGAGGUCUGGACCCUAAGUCUUCCCUUCCCUGAAUACAGCCAUGCCUACAUUUGUAAAUGUGCUUUGUGAGACCAAUGGUUUGUCAGCCUCAUGACUUUUAGGUUAGUAUUUAAUCAUUUGUGUUGUACACCGAUGAAAUAUAAUGCAUGAAAUACUCUUCAAAGAACAAACAUGGAGAGCCAGCAUUUGCAAAGCGUAGAACAGUAAUAUGAUCUUCACUCCCUCCCACCC